CGAUGCCCCCUAUUAAAGACAUCCCUCAUUAUUUGGUAUUAAUGCGGUAUCUUUUAGCGAGGUUCGAUCAUUACGGAAAUAAAGUCAUUUCAACCAAUUUUCCAGUAUUAAACCACGCUAUUGUUCUCAUAAAAUUUUUUGAUAAUUUUCGUGGAGGAGCAACAGCGGAUGAAAAGAAAACUGAGCAGAUAACCAGUCAAAUAAAUGUUAAGAAAGGAUUUGAUGAGGGUGAAGGUUGAGUGCCAGGCCUAGCGAACAUUUUUUUCUCGCUUGCCGGCCAAAAUACUUUUUUUUUAAUUUUUUUGUAGUUUUUAGUAUUGUAAUAUUGUAGCUUUUUUUACACAUGAUUUUUAAAAGGCGCAAAAAAAUUAAUUAAAAAAAUUAAAAUUUUUAAAAAAUUGAAAGAAUGCGCAUAAAAGAAUAAAAAUUUAAAUGAUUUUAUGUUUGUUUUUUAAUUUGAAUUUUAGUGAAUGGGAGAGAGUUGGAGGGGUGGGGAGGGGGAAGGAAAGGUAUGGGUUUCUAUGAGUAUAUUUUAAAGGGUUUUGUUUUUUAUUAGAUUUGUCUGGCAAUUGAAGGGGGGGGGAAUUGUGAACGAGAGGGGGGGAGUUGUACGGGUUUCUUUUAUUAGAGAUGUCGGGGAAUUAUGUGAAGGUGUGAGGUUUUGGAGUGUUGUAGUAUGUUGGUGAAAUCCACAAAUAUCCGAACCGAACUUUUCGUAUUUUCUGUACUUUUUCCGGAAUCCAGAUAUGUCAAAAAUGUGAGAGAAUCUUACGGAUUAUUUUUUAACUCUAUUCGAAAAAUUAUUUGUUACCGUAGUAUGUUGGAGAAAUCGUCUUGCGUUUUGCGGCAAAAAAUGAUUUGCGGCAAAGAAGAGACGUGAUUUUUUCUCGCCUUCUUUUGAAUGCUAUUUUUUGUCGCAAAAUGCAAGACGCUUUUUAUUUAACCACGGCAUUAGAUUUAUUUAUCUACUUCAAAUUAUUUCUUUAGCCAGUUCUGCAAACAUUUAUUUUUGUUUUUAUUGAAGAUGUCUGGAAUGAAAAAAGAAAGGGUAAGGUUAUGUAUGUACGUUUGUUUGGAGAAUGAAUCCUGGGAUCUACCUUUUCAUUAUCAUCAUGUGCCCUUUUCCACCCAUUUUUUCUUGUAUAUAAAUCCCAACUCAUUUCACAUUGACUUCCUUAUUGAGAG